CGUGGCCUCGCCAAACCAAACAGACUGGUCUUCAAUUAUUGUCGUUCGUUGUGUCAGUGCGGCAUUUACGGCUACGCUGGAUCCCUGACAGACAGUAGGGACAAAAAGGAGGAACUAUUUUCAUUUCUGUCUUUAAGCCUUCGAAGGCUGCAGCAGAAGCAGGGAAAAAAAACAGGAAAGAAAGAGAGGAGAAGCUGAAGGAGAUAAAGGACACAAAGCAGAGAGACGGACUGCUCCUUCGGAAUCAUUAGCAGGCGGAAGGGACAUGAUGUAAAAUGAACCCUGCUAUCACCGUUUCUUUUGUCGAUUCACUGAAGCAACGCUCCGGCUGAAUUUCUCAAUUCUGCUGCAAGACCUCGGUCAGCGUUUACAGGCCCUGUAGAUUUUCCCUCAGCGGUAGCAGCAGCACCAUCAUCGGAUAGAUCCCCACCGCCAUGCCUGGGUUCGAUUACAAGUUUCUGGAGAAGCCGAAGCGGCGCUUCCAGUGUCCGCUGUGCAGCAAAGCGAUGAGGGAACCGGUUCAGGUGUCCACCUGUGGUCACCGAUUCUGUGACACCUGUCUGCAGGAAUUCCUCAGUGAGGGAGUGUUUAAGUGUCCGGAGGAUCAGCUGCCGCUUGAUUACGCCAAGAUCUACCCAGAUCCAGAACUGGAGCAACAGAUCCUGGCUUUGCCUAUUCGAUGCAUCCACAGUGAGGAGGGCUGUCGCUGGACCGGACAGAUGAAGCAGCUGCAGAGCCACUUUUCCACCUGCGCCUUCAAUGUGAUUCCCUGCCCGAACCGCUGUUCGGUGAAGCUGACACGCCGCGACCUGCCCGACCACCUGCAGCACGACUGCCCCAAACGCAAGGUCAAGUGUGAGUUCUGUGGCAGUGAGUUCACCGGGGAAGCAUAUGAGAACCACCAGGGUGUGUGUCCUCAGGAGAGCGUGUACUGUGAGAACAAGUGCGGGGCGAGGAUGAUGCGUCGCCUGCUGCCCCAGCACAGCAUGGCUGAGUGUCCCAAACGCACCCAGCCCUGCAAGUACUGCGGCAAGGAGUUUGUCUUUGACACAAUCCAGAACCACCAGUACCACUGCCCUCGUUUUCCAGUCCAGUGUCCAAACCAGUGUGGGACACCUAACAUCGCUCGAGAAGACCUGGCUAACCACGUGAAGGACAACUGUGGCAGUGCGCUCAUCCUCUGCCCCUUUAAGGACGCCGGCUGCAAACAUAGGUGCCCCAAACUGGCCAUCGGCCGUCAUCUGGAAGACACCACCAAGUCUCACCUGACCAUGAUGUGCAACCUGGUGGGUCGCCAGCGGCAGGAGAUCCUGGAGCUGCGGCGGGAGAUGGAGGAGCUCUCGGUAAGUCACGAUGGCAACCUCAUUUGGAAACUCAACGACUACUCGCGCAAGCUGCAGGAGGCAAAACUUCGGAGCAACCACGAGUUCUUCAGCCCUCCUUUCUACACUCAUCGCUACGGCUACAAGCUGCAGGUGUCGGCCUUCCUGAAUGGCAACGGCAGUGGUGAGGGAUCUCAUCUGUCCGUUUACAUUCGCGUGCUGCCCGGAGAGUACGACAGUCUCCUGGAGUGGCCUUUCUCCUACAAGGUGACAUUCUCCAUUCUGGACCAGAGCGACCCGUCACUCUCCAAACCCCAACACAUCACUGAGACCUUCAACCCCGAUCCAAACUGGAAGAACUUCCAGAAGCCCUGCAGCAACCGCAACUCGUUGGACGAGAGCACCCUGGGCUUCGGCUACCCCAAGUUCAUCUCCCACGAGGAGAUCAAGAAGAGGAACUACAUCCGAGACAACUGCAUCUUCAUCAAGGCUUCGAUAGAGAUUCCUCAGAAAAUAAUGUCGUAAGAUCUGACUUUUCAGUUGUUUUUAUGAAGGAGAAAUAACGGAAACUAAAAACUGGAGCUGAAAAUCCAUCGUAAACCUCCUCACACUUUGUCCUUCUCCUCGCCCUCGACUCUAAACCUGACCCACGUUCUUGGUUGUGCUGGUGGAUUCUGAAGACUUAGCAGAGAAGCAAGUGUUUGGACAGCGGGACCAUCAUGCUCUUUUCUCAUUUAUUUGUACUUGUAUUCUAAUCUUUUUUAUUAAAAUUCAGCAACACAAAGCUUUGGAAAUCAAACAGUGCCUCAAGAGAAUUUUAGUUUUCUUUUUUUUUUUUUUUUUGUAUCCACAGUAGAGAUGACACAAGUUAAAGGUAAAUGGUAUAUUAACAAGUAAAUGUCUUUUUAAAGACACCACUCUUGUAUUAGGGAUGAAGUUUGAGAACCUGAAAUUAUUGGCGUUGUUUGUCAGUCGUGGAACGAUACCAAAGCAAAAGUAAAAAUAUUGGAGAAAAAAAAAACAAUAUUAAUGUUACAUUAGUUUUGUUUAACGGCCAUAGAUUAAAAAGACGUAGCAAUCUGGGUCGUAACCAGGGGAUUACAAAGAGAUCACUGGUCUGCAGGGUUCCAUUAUACCAGACUGGAUCUGUUGGCAAAUUUAGACUAAACAUCAAGUUAGUUAGAACAGAAACAUCCAGCGGUAACAGGUGGGUUCCUUUUGUCUGUAACAAACCAGCUAGUCAUGAAAUUAUCUGGGUUUUCCUUUUGUAAAGUUGUGAUCCAUUUAGUGCUGUCAUUUUCACCAAAGAAUUGAUGUGGACAAGAUCAACAUUUGGUUCAGUCCUGUGAUGAUUUUACACCUGAAACAGUUUCAUAGAAGGAUUCUAGUCACAUGGUUCAUCCCAUGCAGUUGUUAGCCUUUUUAGUUCAUUUAGAUGUUGUGGAGUGAAUAUGCCGUUCACUUAUCAAACCAUAUCACAGUUGGUCUGGGAAUCGACCUUUGGAUGAGGUCCAGUUGCACCUGGAUGCUGCUACAGUCAGCAGGGCAGCAGCCACACGUUUGUUGCACAGGUGUAGUUAACUGCACCAGAGUUUGUUGUCGUUUCACACUCUUCAAUCGUGUUUGUUGGCUUUAGCUCGCUGUCCUCUGCAGCCAACUCACACACACCGUUAACAAUGUGGCUCAGUCUAAUGUUGGUUCUGUUGGUUCUCGUAUACAGUAAACUCUACCUGGAGCCUGAGUAGCAUUCAUGCUAGUGCUUAGCUGUGUGGGCAAUAAAAUGGACCAGGGUAGGAUUCAGCUUGGGCCAUACAAGCUGCUCCUCUGACCUGAGGGCACUGGACUCUCCUGGGCUCCAGUUCGCUACAUUUCAGCAGUCCUUUUGGAAACAACGGAGCUUCCAGUUUACUGUCAAGGAUCGCUGUCUUUUUUUCUAACUUUACUUUAAAACUGUUUAGUUUGAACAGAACAUACUUGCCGACUCUCUAUCUUUCUCUGAGAUUAUUAAAAGCCCCAUAGCGGCGACAGAGUGGAACGUACGAAUCAUUUGAUUAUGUUUUAUUUUGUGGAGCAACUCUAAAUAUUUUUUUUAAGUCCAAAAAUGUGAUUUUGAUUCAUCUUAUGUGAAAAUGUCAACUGUUUUCCUCUGUGUUCUGGUCCAUGUUCCUAUUAUGAGCUAAAAGUGCUUGUUGUGACUUUCUCACUAACUUAAAUGGGUGUUUGGGAGGAGUGACCUCGUCUUACCGUGAGUUCAGCAGAACAAUUGUACCACUCUUGUCUCAGUUGACCAAUGAGACAUUAAAAAGCUUUGAGGCUGUUUGUUAAAGGAGAAAAUAGUAUUUGAGCGAUGAGAGCGGACGCGGUGGAUCAGUGAUCAGAAAGAAUGUGUGCAUCUGAGCACCAGGUGUGGGUGUGUACAGUUUGAUGAGGGUUUUUGUGGGGAGCAGGGAGAAUGUGUGCCGCCUUGUAAGCUACAACCAUCGACCAAACGUUGGUAAAAGUGGACCUAGCCUUUUGGUAUGAAAAGUAAGACUACAAAGACUACAGAUGUGGUUUGAACCAAUCGAACAUGACCAAACAGAUGCACCCGGCAGCGUGCUGGUACAAGAAUUUUUUUUGUUUGUUAUUGAUGUCUUUUCUUCCUGUUUUUUUUGUUUGUGGUAGCGUGUCUUCUACAGCAGUGACACAGCAGGCAACACUACAAUACAAGGUGUCAUACUUUAUAUUAUGUAGAACACUGCUCUCUGAUUUCAUAACAGGGAAAAGGUUUCUUGCUAACAGUAAAAGAAAAAUGGCGUCACAAUCGCAUUUUGGGUGCCCUCUAUUGGAGGAAGCAGAAACAACUCCGGAUAAUCUGACAGUGUUCAAAACGUAAAUAUUAACUGUGUCAAUUAUGUCAGGAAAUUUUAACCCUGACUGGGAGAUGCAACAAUAUGUUUUUUGUUUUUUUUUUAAGUCCAUUUCAUGUGUCCCCCUGAUUGGCUUGUUAAAAUUACAACAUGGCCCUGCACUAACUACAAGUUUUUGGUCUCACUCAUUUGAUCAGAAAACACUAAGAUGUACUUGAAUGGCUUUAUCAAAUGGAUAACCAACAUUUUCAAAUAAAGUUCAAAGCCAUUACGGAGGUUUGAAGUAGUAGUGGUGGUGGUUAGUAGUAGUGGUUGCAAUCACAGGCCAACUCAAGUCAUUGUACAACAACAAAAAGACCUGGUGCUGCCGCUGCAAAAUAAUGAACGUAAACAAAAUGCGAAUUGUGAACCUUUGAAGCUGCUGUUUCUUUUGCAGCCAGCAGACUGUGUCUAAAUUCUUACAAAUGAUCAAUGGCAACAGGUCGGACCACAUUUUUGUACUGUAACCUGUAUUUAUGACAUAUUUUUCCUCUUGGUGAUUCAUUUUUUGGACCAUUUGUAGUUGACCAAUACUAACAAGGACGUGAUUAUUGUCUGAUUUAUAUUCAGAAAAUGUGAACACUGGUGCUAAUGUAACUUUCAAAGGGAGUGAACAUGUAGCUCUGAAUGGAAUAGUUCAACUGCACAGAACAACUUUGGUUUGGAUGCCAAGGCAGAGAUGUUGGCUGGAGCAAGUGUUCUGGGGACCUGUCUUCUUUACUGGACAGUUAUGAUGACCAUACAGAGUGCUCAUUAUGUAUGUGACUUCUCAUUUAAAAACAAAAAUGCGGAAGUUCAUUCUGUCUGUUACUAUACAUAUAAUGGAACAAAAAUUGUCAUCAAUUGUCAUAACAGCUGAUAUUUUACAACGAUUUAAAGACGAAAAAAUGACAACAAAAAAACUUUUGUAUGAUUCUGUAUUUUUACGACUGCAGAAUUUUUAGUUUUUAAAAAGUACCUUGCUGUUUUUUAUACGGAAACCUUUGGCUGGACAAUUGGGUUGGAGAGACAUUUUGGUGAGCCUUCUGUCUUUUUGGAUAACUGUUUUUCCAUGUGGCUCAAGCCUCUCACUUUGUCUGUAUUAUUUCCUCUUAAAAGUAUUUAUUUUAAGGAGCCCUCGUUGUGAGUUUGCACAGAGGCACAAAUGUUUUGUUAUGUUGACUGAGGAGUGCUUGUCAGUUUCUUCGUUGAAAUAAAAUACCAUAUAAAAUA